AUUCAAUAACAUUCUGAACGAUACAAAGGGCUCUUAUCAAAGACACGUCUGCACCGGCCUACCAUAGUAUCAUUUGACGCACACCAAAUCGCCACCAAGGGAUUUACUGAGAAAUUGCCAGCUAUGCCGGCCGCGGCAAGCAAACCCACCAAGAACCAGCUGAAAAGAGCUCGGAGAAAAGCAAAGAAAGAAGCUUCAACCCAAGCGCCAUUUGAAAAUGUUGUGCCAAACGGCGACACCGACAAACCUGUAGAUGCUUCACCGCGGUUCGAAUCGAAAGAACGAGAUCAGCAACAGGAUGUAGAUAUUCAGCUUGAUGGUAGUCUCUGGUCGAUGUACAAGGAUAUUGCGAACAGGUUUGAAGCAGGCGAGGAGGAGAGGACACAACCGGAAGCCGAGAAACCGCAAGUUUUCUUCGACGAGGAUGAUGAAAUUCCAGACGAAGAAGAAGAACCCAAGAUGUCCAAGAAGAAGCGCAAAGAGAUGACGAAGUUAUCUAUCGCCGAACUGAAAGCGCUGGUACAAAAACCCGACUUGGUGGAAUGGACGGACACAUCAGCUCCAGACCCACGAUUGCUAGUUCACAUCAAAGCGCAUCGAAAUGUAGUUCCUGUGCCGUCUCAUUGGUCGCUCAAGCGUGAAUAUCUCUCUUCCAAACGAGGCAUUGAGAAACCUGCGUUUGCACUCCCAAAAUUCAUCCAGGAAACUGGAAUCGCUGAAAUGCGUGACGCGGCGUUGGAGAAACAAGAGCAAGCUACGUUGAAGCAAAAGCAACGAGAGCGUGUGCAACCAAAGAUGGGCCGUCUUGACAUUGACUAUCAGAAACUCUAUGAAGCAUUUUUCAGAUUUCAGACCAAACCGGAGUUAACGCGAUACGGUGAGGUAUAUUAUGAGGGCAAGGAGUAUGAGACAAAUCUUCGCCAUUUGCGGCCAGGUGAGCUUAGUGACGAGCUGAAGGAAGCGCUUAAUAUCCCACCGGGGGCUCCUCCACCUUGGUUGAUCAAUCAGCAGAGAUAUGGUCCACCACCCUCAUAUCCCGCAUUGAAGAUCCCAGGACUGAAUGCCCCGCCUCCGCCAGGAGCCAUGUGGGGAUUCCAUCCUGGGGGUUAUGGGAAACCCCCAGUUGACGAGCAUAACAGACCUUUGUACGGUGGUGAUAUCUUCGGUGUACUUCAAACUCAACAGACUGCUCAGCAAGGAGAACCUGUUGAGAAAGAUCUUUGGGGUGAGUUGCAAACUAUGGAGGAAGAGUCUGAAGAAGAGAGCGAUGAGGAAGAAGAGGAGGCAGAAGAAGAAGAAGAAGAAGCCAUGGAUGCCGCUCACGCGCAAAGUGGGUUAGAAACUCCGAGCGGAUUGGUAUCUACCGUCCCGUCUGAGUUUGGCGCAGCUGAGAGUAUCGGCGGAGAAUUUGAUGUGCGUAAACAUCACCGAGGAACAGAGACAGAAGAUAUUACACAACCGAAGGCUGCGUACCGUGUUAUACCUGAGCAGGCAUCGAGAGUCUCGGGAUUCUUUGGUGGUGAUAGAGUCUACGAUCUCAAAGCUCCAGAACCACCUAUACCGUUACUUGGAAGCGAGGACUCUCAUCGUAAACGAAAGAAAGCGGAUGAUGUCGAAGUGUCAAUGGACCCUGAACUGUUACAGACCAAUGAUGGGAUCAGCAAGGAGCACUUGAAAGGGCUAUACGACGCAGAGAAGAAGCAAGAAUUCUCGCAGUGGAACUUUCAGGAAGACCUUAGUGACAUGAUUGCCAGCGAGAGCAAGAGGAUUCGCAAGGAAGAGGAGCGCCGUGGAAGGCGUUGA